AUGAGGCAGACAGAGAAAGAAACUAAACUGGAGUAUCUUAAGCGUAUAUACACCGAUCCUUCUCAUCCGGCAAGUUUUGGCGGAAAACAGCGGCUGAAAAGAGAAACUGACAGGGAGGGAAAGUUUAAACUCACAAAUAAAGAGAUAGCAGACUUUUUAGAAUCGCAAGAUACAUACAGCACGACUAGAAGAGUUCACAGGCGAUUUGAGAGAAACAAAAUAAGAGUGAGUGGUGUUCAUGUGCAAUAUGACAUGGAUUUAUGUGACAUGACAAAAAUGAGGCGCUUCCGGCUCAACAAGGGAACCAGAUAUCUUCUCACUGUGAUAGAUGUGUUUAGCAGGUAUGCUUUUGUGCGACCUCUGCGGUCUAAGACUGGUCCUGAGGUGGCCAGUGCCCUAAAAAUGAUUCUUACGUCAGGUCCAAAACCCGAUCGGUGUAGAUCGGACAUGGGCACGGAAUUCCGGUGCAAGCCAGUGGCCGAACUUUUAAGGAGCUUAGGGAUUAAACAGUAUUUUAGCGCAUCAGCCUUGAAAUGUCAACCGGUUGAGCGUUUUAACCAGACAAUAAAAGGCGCUAUAUACAAGUGGUGUUAUGAGAAUAGGUCAUUCUCAUACGUUCCCGUGCUUGAAAAGCUCGUGCACAGUUACAAUCACCGCGUGCAUUCUUCUCUAUUUGGACUUAGUCCAGCCGAGGUAACACAAUCUAACCAAGCAAAACUAUGGAACCUUAUGUACGUAGAAAAUGCAAGUGUUGGAAAAAAUGGAAGGCGGCGAAAAGUGCGAUUGUUUAAGUACAAAGUCGGGGACCUGAUCAGAAUCAGUUUGGCCAAGCGAACGUUUGAAAGAUCUUACACGCAAAAAUUCACUUCACAAAUUUACCGCAUUCGUGGGCGGGUUUACCGUGAUAACUUGCCGGUAUACUAUCUCAUGGAUCUGGAAGAAAAGCCAAUAGAUUCAACGUUUUACGAACCGGAACUGCAACGCGUGCGGAAGAAUCUCGAAAACUUAAAUGAAUGGGAAAUUGAAAAGGUACUUAGGACUAAAAAAUCAGGGAAGGGUCAUUUAGUGCAAGUUAGAUACCGUGGGCUUGGACCAGCCUUCGACCGAUGGUUACCAAAGUCUUCUGUGAAAACAAACCGUAAAUGA